AUGAAUAAGACAAUUCGAAUAAUCCAAUUGAAUGUGAGGAAGCAGGGUGCCGUGCAUGAAAGCUUAAUGAACGACGAACAAACUAAAGACGCAGUGGCGUUAGCGAUUCAGGAACCCCAGGCGAGGAGGAUUCAGGGACGACUCUUGACCACCCCGAUGGGACAUCACAAAUGGACGAAGAUGGUACCCUCCACCUGGAGGGAAGGCAGAUGGGCGAUCCGGAGCAUGCUUUGGGUCAACAAAGAUGUAGAAGCGGAGCAAGUGGCCAUUGAGUCCCCGGAUCUGACGGCGGCGGUCAUCCGACUACCCGAACGGCUGAUCUUUAUAGCAUCGGUCUACGUCGAAGGGGGAGAUUCCUUGGCCCUGGAUGACGCGUGUGGUCACCUGAGAAAGGCAAUUGCGAUGGUGCGGCGAGACACGGGCGCGGUGGUGAACAUCAUGAUUAUGGGAGAUUUCAACCGCCAUGAUCAACUCUGGGGCGGAGACGAGGUGUCCUUGGGAAGACAAGGCGAAGCGGAUCCAAUCAUUGACCUCAUGAGUGAAUUCGCUCUUAGUAGCUUGCUCAAACGAGGCACGAAAACAUGGCAUGGCGAAGGACAGUAUGGGGAAUGCGAGUCCACAAUUGACCUCGUCCUGGCGUCCGACAAUUUGGCAGACCUGGUGGCCAAAUGUGUAAUACACGGGACUGAGCACGGCUCGGAUCACCGGACGAUUGAGACGGUGUUCGAUGCACCGUGGUCAGCCCCGAAGCAUCAGGGACGACUUCUUCUGAAGAACGCGCCAUGGAAAGAGAUUAAUGCUAGAAUCGCGAGCACCCUGGCCACCACUCCGUCGGAAGGGACAGUGCAGCAGAAAACCGACCGACUGAUGUCCGCAGUCUCAGACGCAGUGCUUACGUUAACUCCAAGAGCGAAACCAUCGCCACACGCGAAGCGGUGGUGGACAACCGACCUGACACAACUCCGUUAUAUAUACACGUACUGGCGCAAUCGCGCUCGCUCGGAACGGCGGGCGGGGCGAAAAGUACCUCAGCUCGAAAAGAUGGCCCAGGAUGCGGCAAAACAAUACCACGAUGCCAUCCGUAAACAAAAGAAGAAGCACUGGAGCGAGUUUCUUGCAGACAACGACAACAUAUGGAAGGCCGCGAAGUACCUGCAGUCCGGGGAGGAUGCGGCGUUUGGGAAAUUACCGCAGCUCGUCAGAGCAGAUGGGACUACCACCGCUGACCAUAAGGAGCAAGCAGAGGAGCUGUUGUCCAAAUUCUUUCCCCCUCUACCGGACGUGAUUGAAGACGAAGGGACGAGACCGCAGAGAGGACCAGUGAGUAUGCUCACUGUCGGCAUGGAAGAGAUUGAAAGACAGCUUUUUGCUGCUAAGUCAUGGAAGGCACCGGGCGAAGACGGUCUACCGGCGAUAGUCUGGAAGAUGACGUGGCCAACUGUCAAGCACAGGGUUCUCGAUUUAUUCCAGGUGUCACUGAGAGAAGGCGCGUUAGCGACACAAUGGAGACACGCGAAGAUCAUACCGCUCAAGAAGCCGAAUAAAGAAAAUUACACCAUUGCAAAGGCGUGGAGGCCGAUCUCACUCCUAGCGACACUAGGAAAGAUACUCGAAUCAGUGGUUGCUGAAAGGAUCUCACACGCGGUGGAAACGCACGGAUUGCUCCCGACCAGCCACUUCGGCGCCCGAAAGCAGCGAUCCGCGGAGCAAGCGCUCGUGCUUCUUCAAGAGCAGAUCUACGCAGCAUGGCGUGGCCGACGAGUGUUGAGCUUAAUCAGCUUCGAUGUGAAAGGUGCCUACAACGGAGUGCGCAAAGAACGACUUCUCCAGAGGAUGAAAGCACGAGGCAUACCAGAGGACUUGCUCCGGUGGGUCCAAGCGUUCUGCUCGGAACGAACGGCUACCAUCCAAAUCAACGGGCAACAUUCUGAGGCUCGAAGAUUGCCACAAGCUGGUCUCCCCCAGGGCUCGCCCCUAUCUCCGAUCCUGUUCCUCUUUUUCAACGCAGAUCUUGUACAAAGACAGAUCGACAGCCAGGGGGGAGCAGUCGCUUUUGUGGAUGAUUUUACCGCAUGGGUGACCGGACCAACCGCGCAGAGUAACCGGGAAGGAAUUGAAGCAAUUAUCAAUGAAGCACUCGACUGGGAAAGGAGAAGCGGUGCGACCUUUGAAGCCGAGAAGACAGCUAUUAUACACUUUGCUCCCAAGACGCGUAAAUCGGACCAUGAGCCGUUUACCAUCAAGGGACAGCUGGUUGUACCCAAAGACCACGUCAAGAUCCUGGGUUUGUUGAUGGACACGAGACUGAAAUACAAGGAACAUAUGGCGAGGGCCGCGUCCAAGGGCCUGGAGGCAGCGAUGGAGCUUCGGCGACUUCGCGGCCUGUCCCCAGCAACGGCGCGGCAGUUAUUCACAUCAACGGUGGCGCCAGUUGUGGACUACGCCUCCAAUGUCUGGAUGCACGCGUGUAAGGACAAGGCCAUGGGGCCGAUCAAUCGAGUCCAAAGAGUUGGAGCACAAGCCAUUGUGGGGACAUUCCUCACGGUCGCGACCAGCGUAGCGGAGGCGGAGGCCCAUAUUGCCACCGCGCGGAACCGAUUCUGGAGACGGGCCGUGAAGAUGUGGACGGACAUGCAUACCCUUCCUGAAACAAACCCACUCCGCAGAGGUACAGGCCGGAUCAGAAAGUUCAGACGAUAUCAUCGCUCGCCGCUGUACCACGUGGCAGAUGCACUUAGGCACAUCGACAUGGAGACCCUGGAAACAAUUAACCCAUUCACGUUGGCCCCAUGGGACGAACGCGUACAGGCCAAUAUUGACGGACAACAUGAGCCUCAGACGGAAGCGGGCGGAUCGAUGCAGAUCGCGGUCAGCAGCUCGGCACGGAACGAGCUGGUGGGAUUUGGAGUCGCAAUCGAGAAACAGCCACCUCGAAAUCGAAAAGUGAAGCUCAAAACGUUUUCCAUCACGUUGGGCGUGAGAGCAGAGCAAAACCCGUUCUCUGCGGAGCUGGCAGCUAUGGCACAUGUGUUGAAGAUGGUAGUGGGAAUGAAAGACUACAGGAUUACGUUGCUCACAAGCAACAAAGCGGCGGCCCUCACGCUAAUGCACCCCCGACGACAGUCUGGCCAGGAGUUUGUCUGUCAGAUGUACAAGUUGAUGAGAAGGUUGCGGAGAAAUGGAAAUCGGAUCAGUUCCCACUGGAUCCCUACUAGCGAAGACAACAAACUGUUAGGUCGGGCUAAAGAACAGGCCAGAGCUGCGACACAAGAAGAUUCUCUCCCACAAGAACGCGUCCCGAGGAUGAAGUCGACCACAUUGAAUAUUGCGCGAUCCCAAGCAGUCCCCACCAAUGAACUACCACAGAACGUAGGAAGACACGCAAAACGAGUGGAUGCUGCACUGCCAGGCAAACACACCCGGCAGUUGUAUGAUCGCCUAACGUGGAAAGAAGCGACCGUACUGGCCCAGCUCCGAACCGGUAUGGCUAGACUCAAUGGAUAUCUCAAUCAAAUUAAUGUUGUAGAGACGGAUCAAUGCGAUUGCGGACAAGCAAGAGAGACCGUGGAGCACUUCCUCUUCCGAUGUCGGAAGUGGACGGCGCACCGGACGGAAAUGUUACAAUGCACGCAGACUCACCGAGGAAAUAUAUCCUUCUUCCUGGGCGGAAAACAGACUUCUGAUGAUCAGAAGUGGACACCAACCUAG